AUUAAACUAAACACACACACUUGAAGAAGAGAAAAAAUGCAAGGAACGAUUUCGUGUAUGAGAAACUAUGACAUGACCACGGUUGGGGAAUCUCUACGGCCGUUAACGCUUCAAACGCAAGGAAACGGUGAGAGCGUUCGGACGGUGGUGGAGGAGAGCGCGGUGAUUGUGAUUGGACGGAGAGGUUGCUGUAUGUGUCUCGUGGUGAAGAGGCUGCUUCUUGGACUUGGUGUGAACCCAGCGGUUCUUGAGAUCGACGAGGAGAGGGAAGAGGAAGUGUUGAGUGAGCUAGAGAGGAUUGGCGGCGGAGAUACGGUGAAGUUGCCGGCGGUUUAUGUAGGAGGGAGGUUGUUUGGAGGGUUAGAUAGAGUUAUGGCCACUCAUAUUUCCGGUGAGUUAGUUCCAAUUCUUAAAGAGGUUGGGGCUCUCUGGUUGUAAAUUGUAAUCAUUUUUUUUUCUUCUUCUUCUUAAAUAUAAUUGGUGUUAAUCGA